UUCUGGGUUGGAGUAUUCUCGUGAGGUGAAGAAGGAUGUUUUACUCUCAUCAGCUUCUAGCUCGAAAAGCUCCGUUAGGUCAGAUAUGGAUGGCUGCCACGUUGCACGCGAAGAUCAAUCGGAAGAAGCUGAACAAGCUCGACAUCAUCCAAAUCUGCGAAGAGAUUCUCAACCCGUCGGUUCCGAUGGCUCUUCGUCUUUCUGGGAUUUUGAUGGGUGGGGUUGUGAUCGUUUACGAGAGGAAAGUAAAGCUCCUAUUCGAUGACGUCACUCGCCUUCUGGUAGAAAUUAAUGGAGCUUGGCGCACAAAAGCUGUUCCGGAUCCUACUUUACUACCUAAAGGACGAACCCACGCCAGGAAAGAGGCUGUUACGUUACCUGAGAAGGACGAAGCUGAUUUUGGGGAUUUCGAACAGACUCGUAGUCAGUUACCCAAAUUCCCCAAUUUCAUGGACUUUCAGCAGUCUUACAUCUCCAUGAGGUUAGAUGAACCCAAUGUCAACGAUAUCCCCGAGCAAGAGGAUCUCCAUCAAGCUGCUGCCGAGAAUAUCACACUCUUCGAGUAUCAUGCUUCAUACCAGACUAACACUGAGACGUAUGAUCGCUUUGAAAGAUUUGACAUCGAAGGAGAUGAUGAAACUCAGUUGAACUUUAAUUCAAGAGAAGGCGCUCAAAUACCUCCAACUCUGAUCCCAUCACCACCUCGUCAUCAUGAUUUUCCUGAAGCCUUGACAUCUGUAGGAGGCAAUCCCACAAGCCCUCAGCCCCAGGAGCAACAAGAGCACGGAAGGGAUGUAUUUGCUGAGCAGACGGGGGAGCAAAACAUACCGGACAGAGAGGACCAAGAUAUACCACGGCCAACAAAAAAAAGAGCAAGAAGGGCAGCUACUUCAGCCAUGGAUUAUGAGCAGACUAUUAUCGCUGGUAAUCAAUACCAGUCAUGGCUUCAGGAUACUUCUCACAUUCUCCUGAGGGGAAAAAAGAGAAAGGCUCGAGGACCCGCCAGCCCAAGUUUUGAGGUUACUAAACGUAUGAAGAUGCCACUUACACAACUCUUUCAAGAGCAUGUGGACGGUUCUUACCCACCUCAGCUCAUGGAGCUUUGGUCAAAAUGCACUCACCCUCUUCAAGCCACUACAUCUGAAACUGGACGCCCUGAUCUCUCCGGUGAACAAUCUCCAGGGUUUGUCCAGGAGAGAAUGCAAGACCACCAUCAAACAGACCAUCAGCAUCACGGCACUGAGACAAGCUUCCAAAAUCUUGGUAGUCCCGCAGAAAGACUUCGGAACGUUCUUGCUGAGAAAGAUGGUUCAAUAGAAGGCCUGAUGGCUAAAUCUCGAGCAAGCGCUGAGAAUAAUAACCGCCAGGCUGCUGCUGAUAUUAGCGUUACACCAUUAUAUUCUGGAGAUGACGUGAGAUCCAUGCCUAGCAGCACACCAUCCGCACGUGGGGCAGCUUCCAUUAACAUAGAAAUCAACUCUAACAGUCGCAGGCUCACCAGAAAAAGGCAACAUUCCUCACCAAGAAGAGGACUUGAACCAGUAGCGGAAGACAGGACGUGGGAGCACCGUGCUUAUGACUUUGAGUUUUCAAUGUUACCUGAAAAGGGGGGCUUCACAGCUGAUAACGAAGUACUAGCUGAGACUGGACCUACACAAACUCAAAAGCCAGUGACCACUCACACAGACGAGAAGAUAACUGAUAGCAUCAAAAGCCACCUCAAGACGCACUUUGAAACACCUGGAGCUCCUCAAGUGGAAUCUCUUAACAAGCUCGCUGUUGGAAUGAAAAGAAACGCUGCAGCUCAACUCUUCUACCAAUCCUGUGUGCUAGCCACUCGCGGAGUCAUAAAGGUGGAGCAAACACAGCCUUAUGGGGACAUUCUCAUAGCACGAGGACCCAAUAUGUAAGCAGGCUUUGAUACUUGAGAUAAAAGGUUAUUUAGUUGUUUUGCUUUUCAUAUUUAAGCAGAGAGAGAGUCCCAUAGACUUCAAAAAUUAUAACGGCUUAAUACUUUUCAUGAGACAUAAUCUAAUUAAUUUUAUAAGACUU